AUGGAAGAUAAUAGCCUCAUGAUGUGGGUUGGGGGUGAGAGACUGGCGGGCACCGGUGAGCUCUUCAACGUUGAGAACCCAGCUACAGCGGAAACAAUCGCAGAAUGUCGCUCCGCAUCACCUCAAGACGUCGAUGAUACGAUCCAACUGGCUCAUCGUGUCUUCAAAUCCGGCGUCUGGUCCAAGGCGCCUCGCCAUGCGAGGGCAGACGUGCUAGAUAAAGCCGCCGAGCUCCUCACUUCGAACCUCCCCACCCUGAUCAAGUGCGAAGUCGAGCAGACAGGACGUGCCAUCAGAGAGAUGCAAGCCCAGGUCCCAUCUCUGGUCCGCUGGUUCCGAUACUACGCCGCCGUUCUGCGUACCGAAGAGCGCCCUGUGCUUCCAACGACGGGGAAGCUGCACAACUGGCUGGAACGGGUUCCGCUCGGCGUCGUCGUGCAGAUCACGCCGUUCAACCACCCUCUCUUGAUCGCAGUCAAGAAGCUUGCUCCCGCUUUGGCGGCUGGGAAUAGCGUCGUGCUGAAGCCGAGCGAGCUCACGCCGCUGACCAGCUUGUUGCUGGGGCCGAUCCUGAAGGAAGCAGGGCUGCCAGAUGGCGUCUUCAAUGUUGUGUUGGGAUUUGGAGCUACGACUGGGCGGUCUCUCGUGAGCCAUGCCCUUGUGCGUAAAGUCGACGUGACCGGCGGAACUGUUGCCGGUAGAGCGAUCGGCUCCAUUGUUGGCAACAACUUGGCGCGGCUCACCGCGGAGCUGGGAGGAAAGGCGCCUCUGAUCAUCUUUGAAAAGGCAAAUGUUGAUCUUGCCGUGAAUGGCGUUGCCUUUGGCUCCUUCAUCGCAAGCGGCCAGACCUGUGUCGCAGCAACCCGCAUCAUCGUCCACAAGAGCAUCUUGCCAGCUGUGGAAGAGCGGCUCGCUCGCAAGGCCGAAUCGAUCACGCGGCGGAUGGGCUCGCCCAUGAAUUCAAAGUCUUCCAUGGGCCCUCUCAUCUCAUCCAAGCAGCUGGGCAACGUUGUCAGUCUCGUAGAUGACGCCAUCGCGAACGGCGCAAGCGUCCUUUGUGGCGGCAAGAGGAUGACUGGCAAAUCGUCGCUCGACGAUACCGACCUUUCCAAGGGCUAUUUCUUCCCUCCGACCAUUCUCUGCUCAAGCCCAACGUGCGACAUUACCAAGACCAGGAUCUGGCGCGAGGAAGCCUUUGGACCCGUGAUCCUGCUGGUUGGAUUCGAAAGCGAACAAGAAGCUCUGGGGCUGGCCAACGAUAGCGAGUUUGCCCUAGGGGCCGCGCUCUGGACGGACGACUUGAGCCAGGCCUUUAGAGUCUCGGAACUGAUCGAGUCUGGCAUAGUCUGGGUGAAUACGCACCAUCGGAACGAUCCGAGCAGCCCGUGGGGAGGAGCUUCGAAUGCGAGCGGAGUGGGAAGCGAGAAUGGCGUUGAUGCUUAUCAUGCGUAUACGACGACGAAGAGUAUUAUUGUAAAUUAUGCUUCCAGUGAUGAAGCUGCGGCGGACGACUGGUUUAGAGAAGAUGACGCUCAAGUUCGCUAUGGAUGA